AUGUCUCAAAACCCGACCGACAUUCGUCCGGACGAGGAAGCUCUUGCGGCCUUGCUCAUAAUCGUGGCCUUGAGCUUCGGAAGCCUCUUCGCGGUCGCGAAGACAGCUGGGAAGCGCUUCGUUGGAUCCGUCAGUAAGAAAGACGCGUGUGGAAGUCAGGUUGAGCAGGGGCAUGAACAAACGGGGGGGCAACGUCGUGUUGGAAAUAAUAGAGAUGAUACAAAUUCUGACCAGGAUCAUCAGUCGAGGAUCGAAGACGACAGCUUCGCCUCACGGACUUAUAUCCUACAAGAGACAACACCCGACAACAAGAAUACGAGAUCCCAACCCAUCCAAGCCAAAACUCCGUCCAGCGCGCCCGUGACCGGGAGCAAGGCUUAG